AUAAACCAAUGAGAUGUCGCGUAAGAUUUAUCUUUACAUACAAAGCAGCCAUUUUCUUUUUUGUGUAUAGAAAGUUACAACACUCUAGUGAAAGGCAUUUAAACAAUCAAUUAAACAAUCAGUGUUAUUUCGAGACGUAAUACUGCAGGAAUGGCGAGAUCUAACGUCCGCUACGAAGUGGUAAUGAAAAAUUUGAAUUAAAAUAUGUUAAAAAUCAUUAUAAUCUUCUAUUAACAUUUAUAAAUUAAUACUAGUUUAAGUUAGUCUGAGUAUUGAAGUAUGAAAUGAAAAGAAAACAAUAGUCUAUAGUUUAUUUGAUGAACCUCAGCGGCGGAAUGUUUGUAGAUUCGGUGUCUGAUCUGGUCUGCACGAGCCACCCAUCUGUCCAAUACAAUAAGUGAGCUGGGAAGAUAUCUCACUUUAUACUUUAUUUACUCAUGUCCAUGUCAUUUAAAAUCAUGGCAGGUCAGUCUGGCACUUCAACUAGAAAACAGCGUCCACUCUUGCUUUUUAAUUUUAUGCCUUCAAAAACCCUGUGGCCCUCUCUAGACUGGGUACCCCUACACGGUACUAUUAGUUUAGUUUCAAUAAAAGAAUAACCAUUUAAAUUAGUUCUUCAAAAUGGAACAACAUGAGUUUUUAUAGCCCAUCUGAGAAAAAAACUUCAAAUUUUUAAAAAAUGAAACGAAAAUAAACUUUCUUACUUUCUAGCUUUAACUUUAGUCACUUUGUACUUUUGCUCAAAUUUUGAGCUAUGAAUUUUUAAAGAGCAAGUUUGUUAGUAAUUUAUUUGAGCUGUAUUCAUAUUCUGAUAUCCCAGCCCCUUUCAAACUGCAGAUUUAUAACACCAUAGCCAUAGCUUUAUUUAAAUUGAAACUCUUUCCCUAAAGCAAGAGAAAAUAUCACGUAUCUGCUGUAUUUUAAGAAUCUUAUUUAGCGCAGUUACCAGAAAUUUUAUUAUGCACGCUGUUGAACUCACAUUACACCAUACUUUAUUUCAUACCUAGAGAAUUAAAUGUAUAGAUUACAAAGCCCUUGCUUUAAGCCGACCUACUGAACUCAAAUUAAGUAACAAAGUCUUUUUAGUUAUAUACAAUUUUACAAUUUGGUCCGUUUUUGUGUAGGGUAGGUAGAGGACUUUAACUUCUAAGCAUAAUACACCAUGGGCGAAGCGCCCUAAGCAUAUUAAGCGGUGGAUUCAAAGUGCAAUCCUUCCUCCCUCACGCAGGCCUAAGCCUAAAUAAGGAUAAACUAGCCAAAACGGCAGGGAAAAAAAAAACAUUCCAAAAGCUAACAACUAGCUUUAGUAGUUUCAUACUGACUGUUGCUACUUUAUAACAUAAAUCAUAAUGAAUUUAAAUAUUAAAUUAUUUCUUUAGGCGUAAAGUAGUUUAUCGAAGAAAGGGGAUCAUGUACAAUUAUAUACUAAUUCUAGUAAUAGUCUUCUCUGAAAGGUGCAAUGGUGGAAUCAAUAUUCCUACUAAUCCAAUGAUAUUUAUUAAAAAAAAUAUCAACUAAGGUAUGCUCGUUAUUCACUCAGACAUAAGUUCAUGAUACCCGGUUCAUAAAUUUUUACCUUUUUGUUUUACAUACAGGCAUAAAUGCUAAUGUUACCCAUAUUUACUACUGCCAGGAAAUAAAAUCUAGGGGAGAGUGAAAAAUUGGUCGUAGCAACUUUGUGUCUCUUGGUUAUGGUGGAAUACCCACCGAUGACCCGCGAUCGCGCCCUCCCCCUUUUUAAUUUCUUGUGUAGUCUCAGUAGUGGGAUUGUUAACAUACUUGUGGCCCACCAUGACCCACUUUGUGGCCCCCGAGGUAAUGAAAUUUUCUUUUUUAUUAUUAUUUUCUUUUGGCCAGCACAAAUUUUUCAUAAUGUGUUACGACCCAUCUUACAUUUGAAUUGUGCAGGCCUGGCCUGAAUGAUUCAAAUAUCAAUUAAAUAGAUCAAAGUCCAAUAGGCCUAUAAUCCUCUUUAAGAGUUUCCCAUGACACCCUAUAUAAUAUAGGGUGGAGAAAUAUCAGUAGCAAAUAAGCCUAUACAAUGACAUGAAAUCAUUGACCUUAAUAUUAGCUGAAAUGUUGGAACAGUGUUUCUCAACUUUUUUGCCCCACCUGAGUAACUAAAAAGUUUUUAAAAUGUCUUCCAUCUAACCACCAUAGCCUUAGGGUCUAUAAUUGUUGCUGUCAGGAAGAUUUCAUUUCAUUUUCAUUGCCUGUUUAGGCAUCAAGCUUUAGCAUUGUUGGGUGAAAAUAUUGCAGUUAGUUAAUUAUAUUAUAUUGCAAUAAUUGACAAACAAUAACAGUGGUUAAAUAUUUUUCAAAAUUCAGUCUAAACAUUGCAACACACACCUUUUAAUUUUUUUAAUAAAGUCAAUAUAUUUCCUGUCUCUAAUACUAAUUAAUAUUCGCCAAUAAUCUUCAAGGUUAGCCGCAUGUGCUAAAUUACCUAAUUAAACUUCUUUUGCUGCCAUCUACUUACUUAAAUAUAUAAAAAUUGUGCCCCCCCCCCAUCUUUCAGUGGGAGAUAUCAAUUUAAUGUGACCUCUUUUAAAUCAAUUAUUUAUUGUUAAAGCAUUUUAAGCAUCUUAUACAAACAUUCGUAAAUAUAAAUUUCAGCUACCUUCAGAGGAACAAAAUGUACCUGCAGAACCAGUAGCCAUGGCAAUGGUUAUUCCACCACCAGGCUAUGCUGAAAAUGCUGUUGUGGAGCAACAUGGAGGUAGGAGAUGUAAAUAUAAAAUAGUAAAUUGUGUUUUCAAAAAAUGUGUUAAAUGUUAAAUCAGGUUUAAUCUAUGUUUCAAAUAAAUGACUUACUUUAAAAAAAGUUUAUAUAAAGCUGAGUAUUUUGUGGGAUAAUGGUGAUAGGGCACAAUUUAAUCAUUUCUAGACCAAAGAUUUGAUAACUUAUCUGAAUAACCUUGCUGAGAUUAAGAAAGAUAUAGAAACAUUCUGAGUAUGAAAGGUCAAAUUUUUUUUAAAUAGCCUUAUUUUACUUACACUAAAAUGUUUCAAUAGUAUUAAUAUUUAUAAUUGGUUUAGGUUUAUAAGUUAGGUUUAUACAAUUGCUUUUAUGUUUUAACUGCAUUAGUUUCAGUAUUUAUUUCUCUCAAAAUGAACUAUAUAUUUUUGGUAGAAUCCAAGCUAUUUAGCAUUCCAAAUAUAGGACUCAAUUUUUAUUUUAAAAAAUUCAAAAGCAUACAAAUAAUGCAUAUUAUGUGUGUUUUCACAAGUUAUUGAAUUUGCGCAUUCUGUAGUUUGGCUGCACAGAUUUUUUAUUUUAGUCAAUUGAGUUGGAAUCAUCAGGAUUCUACUGAUAUGAUGCAAAUUCUCCUCCCCAUUAUGAAAAAUUUAAAAUAUUCUAUUACUGCUACUAAAACUUUUUAAAAAAAAUUUAAUUUCUAUUCUGUUUUGUUAUUGUACUAUAACAUACAGCUGUACGAUUCAUAUUUUCAGAUACUCCUGCUUAUGGCCCAGCCAAAUUGCCAAACUAUGAGGAUGCAACAAAUUUACCAACUUAUGAAGAAGCUGAGAGGACCAAACUAGAGCAGGAGGUAGCGGCGGCAGCAUCUGGUGUCUCAACACUGUCUGAAUGUGAAGGAGGAAGAGUACGUUUAACCACGGUCAAAUUUUAAAAAUACAACUCUUUAUUACAUCACUUAAAUUUCCAGAGUUAUUGCUUCAAAGGUUCUUUCUUUUUUAUGCAAUAAGUUGCUCAUCUGCAAAUGUUAAACAUUUUUAAUGGCUCGAUAUUCCUUUUUCUAAAUAGCUCACAGGACCAGAUGGCAUUCCAGAAAUAGCCAUUGGAACUGAUGGCAUGUUUAUCUGCACAUUUUUGAGUGAGUUUUAAAAAUGGUUAUUUCUUUAGGGAAUUACCUGGGUCCAUUUGAUUGUCAUGUUUUGUUUGUGAUUUUUGUGGUCAUUAAAUCUCGACAUUUGAAGAUAUUUAUUUGCUGUUAAUUGUUAUCGGUUUACCUAAAGAUAGUAAAUCUAUUGCUUUUGUAACGUUGAAGCUUAUCAUUGAUUUGUGACAACAUUUUUUUCCCCAGUCUCAUUUCUUUUCAACUGGCUUGGUUUCCUUUUAUCCCUUUGCCUGUCCAACACAGUUGCAGGAAGAUGUGGUGCCCUGUCCGGUCUGGGCUUGAGCAUAGUGAAAUGGGUAGUCAUUGUAAAGGUAUGUAGUUAAUUGGAAUGGUGCACAGUAUAACUAAGUUACAGUUACAGAGCUGUGACUUCUCCUAUGUACAAAAUAAGUCAGACUUUUUCAUUAGACUUUAAUUUUUCAUUCAGAAGUGCACAAAAGUUCACUUAAAAUUAUUUAAAUAAAAAAAUCUAUUAAAAUUAAAAACAAUUGAAUUGUACAGAGUCCAUGUAUUUUCAGAAUAAACCUGGUAGCUUUGGUUUCUGGUAUUUAAAAUUUGAGAAUGAUCUAUAAAAAAAAAAAGAGAAAUGUGGGGAUAAGUGAAAACUACAUGUAUAGAAACAGUAAUGAUCAUGAAUAUAUUUGAUUUGAAAGAUUCAUAAAAUGAAUAGCAUAUAAUACUGACCAAUAGCAUAUAAAAAAUCAAACACGGAACAAAGUUGCUAUAUAUGCAUGAGUGUUUCUGGUUGGUAUUUGUUUUCAUUUUUCUUAUACCAAUAUAGGCAUAUCACUUUAAUAAAUGUUUGUAUCAUCAUCAAGGCAAAGCCAUCUUAGCCAUUCUUCUUGUCCCGAUUUCUUCACUUGAGUUUAAUGCCUGUUAAUUACUAUUAUUUAAUCAAUUACUAUUAUUGAAUACACGAUGGAACUUAGAAAUAACAAAAUAGAAUAAAACUUUGGCUAUUCAGUAUCAUCAGCCGGCAUGUGAAAGGAAAUUUUAAUGGUAGACAGAAAGUGCUUGUGAUCAUAACCAAAGAUAUGCAUCUUGCCAAGUCAAAUAAUCAACAAGUACAUUGUUAUUUUCAGAAGUUUUCAGUUUCAUUUAGCAUACAUUUAGUUUCGCACCAAUCACUAAUCAGUUUUCUAUUAUUUAUUUAAUUCAGAUAAAAAUGAAAAACAUUUGUGUUUAAAAGUGUGGAUUUACAUUUAUUUAAACAGCCAGACCUGGUUCUGAUUCACUGGCCUGGGUAUCCUCAGGGUGUGUAAUAUUCGGCAUUUCCGAGUAUCCAUGUCAGCCCCCCAGUUCAGCCCUAGUUUUUAUAUUUUUAAAAAAAAAUCUCUGCUAUAUUCCGUUAGACUAUAUUGUGUAUUUGGAGAAGCACUGAAAAAUAUAAUUCCACUAAUACCAUAUUCCACUGGACUAUUUAUUUAAAGAAUUCAUAAUGAUGUUUCAAACUUUGUUAUAUCUACCAUUGCAUUAUUAUUAUUUUUAAAAAAUCUUUCUUAACUCUUUUAUGGCAAUUUUCUUCUUCUUUUUUUUUUUAAGCACAACAAUUGGGGAAAUAAUGUCGCAGAUGCUGACUCCUGGCUGUGGUGGCUUUUGGUCCUCUGUGGUAAGUAGAGAUGCACUGAUUAAUUAGUAAUCUGCCAUUUUGAAAAUUAAUCAGUGUUAGCAUAUUUGUAAACCGAUUAAUCAGCUUUCAGGUUUAACCUUAGGGUUUUAAAGUCACUGUAUACAGAAUCUCUUGCAAAUAAUCAUUUAAAAUGUCUAUUGCCUCAAGCCUUCAAACCCCUAGUGCAUGAUUUCCUCAUCAACAUCAGUAAGAGAAACAUUGCAAAUCCCAUCUACAUGCAUAGGAGCCAAAAUGAUCAAUAAAUUGAUCGUGGGCCCUUAAAAUAUAGAAGAAGAAGAAAAUGAUUUCUGACGUACGGGUCGGAAGAGGAGAUGUUGUUGCUUCAGACCACCAUCUUCUAGUGGCCCGGCUGAGACUAAAACUGAAAAGGCACCACACUGACCAGACAACAUAUUGCUUGCGCUGCAACAUCCCCCUCCUGAAAGAUAAGGCCGAACAGGAAGAGUUCAAGAUCACUCUAUCCAACAAGUUCCAAGUACAUGAAUUGCUAGGAGACGAAGUGAAGAAAGCAGUCAAAUAAACAUGUCAGGAAGUGUUGGGAAACAGGAAACAUACACACAAAGAAUGGAUAACAGCAGAGACAUUGAAGAUGAUAGAAGAGAGAACAGGGAAGAAGGCAGAAAUUAACAACAGCCGUACAUGAGCGCAGAAAGUUAGGUCCCAAAAAGAGUACUCGGAAGCAAAUAGGAAAGUAAAGAAAAGUGCUAAGUUGGACAAAAGGAACUUUGUAGACAUGCUUGCCGAAGAAGCGGAAGAAGCAGCCUACCAGGGGUAUAUGCGAAAAGUGUUCGCUACCCUCAAGAAAUUGACUGGGAAGUUCAGGAAGCCAGAGAGACUAGUGAAGGACAAAGAUGGUAAGAACAUACUAAAUGAAGAGCAACAGAGAAACAGAUGGAAAGAACACUUCGAGGAACCUCUAAACAGGCCAGAGCCAAGUAACCCACCAGAUAUCCAGCCAGCUGACAGUGACCUGGUUAUUGACUGUAACACACCCACCAAAGAAGAGAUCCGUAUUGCCAUCAAACAACUUAGAAAUGGCAAGGCUGCAGGACCGUAUGGCAUCCCAGCAGAGGCACUGAAGGCUGACGUGAACACCAGUUUAGGGAUGCUACACCCUCUCUUCAUGAAGAUCUGGGAGGAAGAACAGGUUCCUUCUGAGUGGAAGGAGGGAUAGCUCAUUUAAAUCCCAAAGAAGGGGGACUUAAGCUGCUGAUCCAACUAUAGAAGGCUCACCUUACUGUCCAUCCCAGGCAAGGUUUUCAAACGCGUAUUACUCAACAAAAUGAAAGACCCCCUGCUGCGAGACUAACAAGCUGGCUUCCGCACCAACAGAUCCUGUACAGACCAAAUUGCAACACUGUGCAUUACCUAGAGCAAUCACUGGAAUAGAACUUGCCUCUCUGCAUAAACUUUGUUGACUACGAGAAGGCCUUUGACAGUGUGGAUAGUCAAACCCUCUGGAGGCUGUUGAGACAUUAAAAUCACUGACUUAAUCAGGAACUCCAAUGAAGUGAUGACCUGCCGAGUGGACACGGACAACAGAUGACCGAUGCUUUCCAGAUGAAGACCGGUGUGAGGCAAGGAUGUUCGACUUUCCUGUUUCUAUUGGCCAUUGACUGGUUGAUGAAAACAUCCACAGAGCAGAAGCGGAAUGGUAUACCAGCUUGACGACCUCGAUUUUGCUGCUUCUCUCCCAUACCCAACAACAGAUGCAGGAGAAUUUGUUCCCGUUGUCCCGGGAUAACUCUUAGAAUGUCUGGGUCCAAACACUUGAGUAACAACCUAAAGAUCAGAACCUUCAAAACCAUGGUGAAACCUGUUCUAUUAAAUGGUGUAUAGACAUGGAGAACCACUGCUGUGAAUAUAAAGAGAAUCCAGUCCUUCAUGUUCACCAAUAACUGCCUAAGAAGGGUUCUCGGGAUUCACUGGCCUGACAGAAUCCGGAACCAGAAACUUUGGCAGCGGACAAAGCAGAAACCGGUAGAACAUGAGAUCCUCCAAAGAAGAUGGAGAUGGAUCGGCCAUACACUUAGGAAACCUGCCUCCAGCAUAACUAAACAAGCCCUGAACUGGAUCCCUCAGGGAAAUGGAAAAGAGGCAGGCCGAGGAACACUUGGUGCCAUGAAAUGGAAGCAGAUACCAAGAAACUUGGCCAUACUUGGGGGAAGCUGGAGAGAUUGGCUCAGGAUCGUGAUGCCUGGAGGACCCUUGUAGGCGGCCUAUGUCCUAGGAAGGAUCACAGGCGUCGAUGAAGAUCGGCUGCUGUUCCUGGAGGACGAAGAGGCAAAAGGAGAAGAAGUUCCUCCAAGCCAUUCUCAUAUCCUCUUGAGUCUCUUCAUAUAAACAAGUAGUUCUCUAUGGAAAUUAAUUUGUACCCAUUGAUAUAUAUAUAUAUGGGAGACCAGUUAUUCUGGGGUAAUUUUUUUUAAAUUGGAGCGACCUUAGUUGUCAGCGUAUCAGUAACACAUGAUCUUAGGUAACGUCUUUGUUGCUCAAUAUUUUAUAUUUUUUUGUCAGUGUAAAAUAGCUUGUAAGAUAUUUUUUUGUGCUUUCAGGUUUCCUUCUCUUUGUCAGAGGCUCUGUGCAGUAUGUAAGAGUAAAAUAUGAGUGGGCUCGGCUUAGUGGCCACAUUCGUCACUUUCGACUGAUAUAGGCAGAGUUGCACAUUUUUUUUGCAUUGUCAGAAAAACAAAUGCUAGGUGCCAUCUGAGGCUGUGGUCUUAAUUUGUGUAAUAAAAUUCUUUUAACAGCACAUUUAUGUGUUUUUACAUUUUUGAAUAUUUUUUAACGUAAGUGGACAUUUAAAUGAGCUAGAUAUUUUUCUAAAAUGUAUAAACAUACCCAAGAAUCCAUUAAUUGUUUUUGAUACAGCCAUAUUACAUUGAAAUGUUUCUUAGACAAAAAUAUUACUUAAUUUGUUAAGUAUUUACAGAUUUCAUUGAAGCAUUAUUAUUUAAAAAGGUUUUUAGUACCAAAUAUUGCUAAAGUAAACAUUUUUCCUAUUAAAAAACGGAAUAUUUUAUACUCCUAUAGCAAGGUAUGAAAUUUAAAAAAAUUUUUUUUGCUUAAACUGUAGAAUUGCCUUCUUAAUCUUAUGCUCAUAAGUACUUCUUUGUAUUGUGUUUUGUGAGUAACAAGAAUUGUUUAUAUGAACUUGUACAUCAACACUGGGAAGAACAGUAAAUGGAAAGUGUCCAACACAGAUAGAGCCCAAUUUAUUAUUUUUAAAUCUUUUUUAUUUUUAAUUUGAUUGUUGAACUCUUUCCAUUUGCUGUAUGCAAUUAUUUACAGCAACCUACUAUAUAUUAAUUAUGAAAAAAUGCAGUGCACAUCUCUUUAUUGUGUCGUAAUUUUUUUCGUAUCAAGUCUUUCAUAUGCAUGUCAGUUGUUUUUUUAUUUUAAAGUUUCAACUGUUUCAUCUAACAAAAAGUUUAACAUUUGAAUUAGGAUUUCACGUUUCCCGCAGUUUUGCUUAUCCCGGGACAACGGGAGCAAAUUCUUCCUCAUCCUGAGAUGUAUUAAUUUAAUUAAAAAUAUACAAUUAACUGAAUUAAAUUAAUUCAGCACGGUUGACUAUACUUUACAGGUCUCCGCUUAUAGCGACAAUUAGUGACAAUCUGUCUCUGUCUGAAAUUUUUAAAAAUAAAAUUGUAUUCUGAAAGUAUGUACCUGGGAUUCCCUGGGAUGUCUUUUGUUUGCUAAAAAUCGUGAGGGAUCCGGGGAGAGAAACCCUAUUCUUAAUCCUAUCAUUUUCCUAUUAUCUAAUGCUUGAGAAUUGGAAGCAAGACAUUCAUGACACUGUAUAAAAUAGGAUUUUAAAAAAUAAUUGAGGAUCGAGAGAUUAAUUAUAUUUUUUUUCUUAGUCAGAAAUUAAAAGUUGCUGAAUAUGAAUACAUAAAUAUGUAGUUGUCAGAUUAAGAUUUCACACCACCCCUUUAUCAUGUUCAUUGUUGUGGAAACUAUUUUUUUAAUUAAGUUCAAUUUUUUUUUUUUUAAAUGUUAGUGGGCUUAUUGUUGUUAACUGUACUCUUAUAUUUGGAUGUUUUGUUAUAUUUACAUAAUGGUGUUUGUCUUUGCAAACAGAACAAAAAUUGAAAACAUUUCAGAUCCAAGUUGACUUCACAGAUGCCGUAUUUGUAGAAAAUAUUACCCACUCAUUCCACGAUUUCUUUGUUAAAGAUUGUCUUUAUAUUGAACAUUUAUUGUGCCACAUACACAAAAACUGUGUUUGUACACAUGAAUGUACCUGUGCUUUAAACUAAAAGUAAAGGGAUGUCAUAAUGUUGCUUGUGCCCAUUGAUAAGAAAUGAGAGCCCUUAAUGUCAUUCCAUGUCAGGUGAUGUUUCUUUUUCUACCGUCUCAUUUCCUGAUCCAGUUUGUCAUGUCAUCAACAUGCGAUAGGCCUUUCUUUAAAUAAACAUUUCUAAAGGUUUUUUUGUGUCUUUUUCAUUCACUAAGUACAUAUAAAUAAUUAUCAGUGGAAGGUUAAUUUUAAUUUUUUUUGGUUAAAUAUAUUGAGUAAUAUUCUUAAUUCUAAGUAUUUUUUUAAUAUGGCUUGUUAGUCGUAUACAAAACUUGUUCUUGAAUAUUUUAAAUCCAGUGCUUCUGAUGGUUGUUAUUUAUUCUUGGAUUUAAGUAAAUUAAAGU